CAAUUAUUACCUACAAUGCUGCAAUCAGUAUACAACUAUUACGCCAUGUGGAUCAAUUCACAGGUCUUUACUGAGAGUCUGAGUCAUAUGCAAGCAGAGAAUGAGAUUGAGGUUCGAGGCCCUCCAGCAGCAAGGGCAUUUGAUUCCGAAGGAACUCCUACUCAGGCCGCUAAGGGAUUCUGCCGCAAGAAUGGCAUAACCCUGGAUGAUCUAUACAAGAAAUUUGAAGGAAAGACUGAGUAUGUAUAUGCUAGGAUCAAGGAAUCAAAACAAUCCACUUUUGAGGUUCUAGUAGAUGGUCUACCAAGUAUUUUGGCUUUGAUUUCUUUUCCAAAAUCGAUGAGAUGGAAUUCCCAGGUCUUGUUUAGUAGGCCAAUUCGCUGGAUUUUAGCACUACAUGGUGAAACAGUUUUGCCUUUUUCUUUUGGAGGAGUUUCAAGUGGGAGGCAAACAUGUGGGCUUCGGAGUUCGCACUCAGCCAUACUUGAGAUAGAAAGUGCAGAGGCAUACCUGCAUAAGAUGAGGGAAGCUGGCAUCUUGGUUAAUAUGAAGGAACGGAAAGAAAAAAUUAUAUGUGAUGCUGACUCAUUAGCUUCAAGUGUUAACAGCAAUGCAAUAAUGCAAGACAGUUUAGUUGAGGAGGUUGUAAACCUUGUGGAGGCUCCUCUCGCUAUACUUGGUAGAUUUGAUGAAUAUUUCUUGGAGAUUCCAAAGGACAUAUUGAUUAUGGUCAUGCAAAAGCACCAGAAGUAUUUCCCCUUGAUCUGCCAACAUACAGGAACUUUAAUGCCAUACUUCAUUGCUGUUGCAAAUGGACUAAUUGAUGAACAAGUAGUUCGGAAAGGAAAUGAAGCUGUACUAAGAGCCCGCUAUGAGGAUGCAAGUUUUUUCUAUAAAAUGGACACCCAAAAGAAAUUUUCUGAAUUUCGAGGCCUUCUAAGUGGAAUUCUUUUUCAUGAACAACUUGGAACAAUGUUGGACAAGGUGGUUCGCAUUCAAAAGAUUGUUGGAAAGUUGUCACAUUCUCUGGGAAACGAGAAAAGUGUGCAUACGAUUGUUGAAGAUGCAGCAGCCCUUGCCAUGUCUGAUCUUGCAACUUCUAUUGUCACUGAAUUCACCUCUCUAUCAGGAAUAAUGGCCCGCCAUUAUGCUCUAAGGGAUGGGUAUCCCGAGCAGAUUGCUGAGGCUCUUUUUGAAAUUACACUUCCAAGAUUUUCUGGGGAUAUACUUCCAAAAUCUGAUGCUGGAAUUGUUCUGGCCAUUGCUGAUAGACUGGACAGUCUUGUUGGCUUAUUUGGUUCUGGAUGUCAGCCAAGUUCAACAAAUGACCCCUUUGGUUUGAGAAGAGUGUCUUAUGGACUGGUGCAGAUACUAGUGGAGAAUAACAAGGAUUUGUCCUUGAAAGAGGCUUUGACAUUAGUGGCUGAUGUCCAACCCAUAGAAAUUAGUGCUAGUGUUAUUGAUGAUGUAACAAAAUUUGUUACUAGAAGGUUGGAACAACUAUUGGUAGAUAAGGGCAUAAGUCCUGAAAUUGUGCGUGCUGUGCUCUCAGAGCGUGCUAAUUGGCCUUGUCUAGCUGCCAGGUCAGCUAUUGAAAUGGAGACAUUAUCGAGAAGUGAGAUGUUUUCUAAAGUGAUUCAAGCAUACUCGCGACCCACGAGAAUUAUUCGUGGAAAGAAAAUUGGUUCUAAUAUUGAGGUAACUGAAGCUGCAUUUGAAAAGAGCGAAGAAGAAGCUUUAUGGAAUGCUUACAUGAAAGUAGCAUCUAAAAUUCACCAUGGUGUUAGUAUGGAUAGUUUCUUUGAAGCAUCAUUGGUGUUGCUGCGUCCACUUGAAGAUUUUUUUAACAAUGUCUUCGUGAUGGCGGAGGAUGAGAAAAUAAAGAAUAACAGAUUAGCAAUUCUCAAAAGAAUUGCAGAACUACCAAACGGAAUUGCAGAUCUCUCGGUUUUGCCUGGGUUUUAAAUGGCACCAUAUUUGACCAUCGCAUAACAUGAGAUUCCUAGCUCAGAAGAAGCGUUUAUUAUUUAUCUCGGCGUGUUCUUGGUAACUGCCCUCAAAUUUUGUCAUGCAUAGGUCUCAGCAAUUAGUUACCAUCUAAUUUUCAUUGUAAUGAACAUUUUAUUAAGUAAUGUAUAAACUAAUAAAUGUUACUUGUUUUGCUUUAUUUUUUUUCCCACUUCUCAUCAA